AUGGUAUCAAACAAACUACGCGUCGGGGUCUGCGGAGGCGGCAUGGGAGGCUUGACCGCAGCAAUUGCAUGUGCCCGAGCAGGAGCCAAAGUGACACUGCUCGAGGCGGCGCGGGAGUUGGGUGAGAUUGGAGCGGGCAUCCAGAUGUUCUCCAACGUGUCCCGGAUUCUCAUUCGGUGGGACGUGGACAAGAUCAUCGGCGACGAUUUGGUUGCCGUGGAUGAAAUCAACACUUGGGGGUUGGACGACGAGUUGCUGGCUCGCUUCGAUCCGAAGGAAGGCCGCAAGCUCACCGGGUUCCCGCACUGGGUCGUCCGUAGAGACCACCUCCACGCAGGGCUGACCGAGUGUGCUCGACGGAACGGUGUCGACCUGAUCGUCGGAUCCCGCGUCCAAUCUCUCCAGUCCUCCGAGGAAGGAGUCAAAGUCACGACAGUCCAUGGUGUUGAGCAUACCUUUGACCUGCUCAUCGGGUCUGAUGGCAUCAGGUCGACCAUCCGUCAGAAUUUGUUUCCAGAAGCGGUCCCCACAGCUGCGUCCACCGUUGCGGCUUUCCGUGGAGUUCUUUCUUACGAAGAGGUUUUUGCCCAAGUGCCCGAGGCGCGAAUGUGGCUGCGAAAUACGGCCGACGCUUGGAUCGGGCCACGAGGCUAUAUCCUCCUCUAUCCCCUCUCGGCGGGCCGAGAACUGAACGUGGUGGCCAUGUUCCAGAUGGACCGCGUCGUCACAAAGGCUGAGGAGAUGGACCUUGGAGAGUUCCGCGACCUGUACAAGGAUUGGAGUCCAUUUGCGCGCAAAGUCCUGGGGCUUCUCAAGAGUACCCAGAUCUGGCCGUUACUAGUACUGCCACCCAUGAAGUCGUGGUCCAACGAGCACAAGAACGUGGUCCUCCUCGGGGACGCCGCUCACUGCAUGCAAAAUCACAUGGCUCAAGGUGCCGCCACUGCCAUGGAAGACGGGGUGUUCCUGGGGACCGUCGUCGCCGAAGUGGUUCGAGGGACCAUUAGCCUUCCCACAGCCAUCGAGCUAUACGAGAAGAAGCGCAUGCCCCGUGUGUGGACUAAACAGCAGAUCUCUUUUGUCAACGGGACAUUCAACAUGGCCGGGGGAGAGGCGGCGAAGAAACGGAACAAGGCUUCUCGACCUGAAAUUGCCUGUUUAGAUCGGAAUAUCAUCCAACCCAACAAAUCGCUGCCGCCGACAUAUCGAACCUGGCAACUAGCCUUCAGCCCAGUAAGCGUCCCAGGUAUCAUGUACUUUGACGCCGAGGGAGAUGCAGACAACGCAGUGUGCGAGUAUUUGCAGGAGACCACGCCGAUGGACGAGAAGACUCUGGUGACGAAGGGCCUCUGGGACAAGUGGUGGGGGAUCAUCGACAACAAUGGUGUCGAGGAUGGUUCUGACAAGGUCAACGGCGUUUCAUCCUGA